UAAAACUAUCUGCUUUGCGGUAAAGUUUUCCGUGUGUGAAACUGUUGGAGUGGAAAAAGCAGUGUCGCACUCUCUCUCUCUCAUCCCCCUUCAUUUCCUUGUCCAUUUCCAAUCUACAAUCCUCUCUCAGUCUCAGCUCUAUCUCUGUUGAUUCUUUGGUAUGACCUUUGAGCGAGGGAGGCAUGGAGGCUCACGAAUCUGAAAUUAAUAGAAGCCCCUCCAUUUGAAAUCACUUCAAUUUCAGGUGUUGCGUUCAAUUUGACUUGGCAAAUAGAGAUCUUGAGAGUUUGGCUUCUUUGAAGUAUUUGUAUUGCUUCUGCAAAUUAAUAAUUUGAAGUAAAUAUUUGUUGCGCCGCAGUCAGAAGGAAGAGUUGGAUCUGAAGAAUAUUCACUACUGGCUGCAACCUUCCAUUUUCUCUCCCUGGAUCAAGAGAAAGCUAUUCAAUUUUUACCUAUUUGUGGACUUUUAGCUUAAACUCAUGGAGAACUCAUAUGAAACAGUAGGAAACAAAGCUUUCUCCAUUGCUUCUUGCUAUCUUUAGACGUUUCCUGUUACAUAUUUCCUGGACUUGGUUCUUGAGGAGGGUUCUAGCAAUGACUUCGACGGGCCCACCUAUAAAACGAAGAGCGGGUUUGCGGAUAAAACAGGCUGGGCGAGGUUCAUAUCGAGCAAGUUAGUUAGGAUUGUAGUGAUAGCUUGGCUUAUUUAAGUAUUUGAUCUACGGGACUUUAUUGUUUCUGAAGAAUUUUAGAUAUGGGGGUUUCCCCUCUGAGCCAGUUCCUGCUGAGUCUUUGCCAGAGUUCUCAUUGGAAUUAUGCAGUAUUUUGGAAGGUUCAGCAUGAGAAUGGGAUGCUUUUGACAUGGGAAGAUGGAUGCUAUGAUGAUCCAAAACUGAGAGGAUCCACAGAUAGCAUACUGGAUCAUACAUGCUUCAAUGGAUCCAACAAGAUCUUCUCUUCUGGUUGUGGAUCAUGUGGAAAUGAUGGCAUUUCAGGUGAAUAUUCAAUUGGGCAAGUUGUGGCUGAUUUGGCAGGUGUUCAUUAUCGAUUGGGAGAAGGGGUUGUUGGUGAAGUGGCAUAUACGGGGAACCAUGGCUGGGUGUUAUGUGAAGAUAUAUUUUCCUGUGAAUUCGAAUCCAAGGAGGUUCCUCAGUUUCCAUAUGAAUGGCUAGUUCAGUUUGCUGCUGGUAUUAAGACAAUUGUACUCAUACCUGUUGGUCCACAUGGAGUUUUGCAACUUGGUGCAUUGGAAAAGGUUGCUGAGGAUCAGGCUCUGGUUGCUUGUAUAAAGGAUAAGUUCAAUGCCUACAUGAUUGGAAUGGAUUUCAUGGAAGUUAGAGCUCAGACAUCUUGGCCACUUACGCCUGCUCCCCUGGAGAACUUGGAUGAGUUAUUAACCGUUACAGUCGACCACAUGAUAGAUGAAGAUCCUAAGCCUGGUUAUGGCGUCAAAUCAACGAAUAACAAAUUGCCAACUAAUAAUCAAACGAUGCCAGUGUGUCUGGUUCAAGAUCCAUUUCACAUAUCUGGAGAAGAAUCACUAGAUAUUGUCAAAUUUACGGAGGAAAAUCAAUUUUGCUUCCAAUCAGUGGAUUUAAUGGAAGUAUCAAAAUCACUCCAUCAAUCACUACAUGAUAUUGAGUUGGAGAUGAUGGGGGGUAGCAUGGUUGGAUUUCCGACUCUUGAAGAUGAUUUGCAAGCUUGCUUAUAUUCUGACAUCUACAAUACGGCUAUGAACUCCUUGCUUGGUGGAGAUUUGGUGGAACAAACAUUUGAAGACAAGGAUGCUGAUAAUAGGGGUCAUGAAAUUGUGAAAACUUUCUUCGGUUUUCCCACGGACUGUGAGCUCCACACAGCACUUGGACCUGGUUUGCUGGAGCAGGAGGCCAAGGAAUAUUUGUGGGAUCCAUCUCUCAUGAAUGAGAAUGCAUAUUAUAGUUCAAGUAAGAUCUUGAAUAGAGAUCUCAGCCAUGGUGUUGAGCCAUCAACUGGAUGGUUUGCCAAAAACGAAGUUGCAGAACAUGGGUCGGAAGCUGUUGUUCCUGAUAUGCAUAGCUCAUUGAAUGACGAGUUAUCUAACAAUUCAAAUGAUACCAAGUUUUCUGUUACAUCAUUGGGGCAAUUUGCUGCAUCCAAGAAAGCAGAAAUUCCAUCUAAAGAAGGUGCAUUUGUGGAGGAGAAAAGGGUUCCAUGGAGCUCUAAGACAACUGCAUGUGAUGCUAGGGCCCGAAAUGCUGUUAUUGAAUCCCCUCCCACUUCAUUUGAGAGCAUGGUAAGCACAUUGACUGAGGAAGAGCAGCAGAAGAAAGGGUAUGGCUGCAUGCAAACUAGGAAGGGGUCAAAGCUAUCUCAUGCAGGAAAAAAACGGGCCAAACCGGGUGAAAACAAGAAGCCAAGGCCAAGAGAUAGGCAAUUGAUCCAGGAUCGGGUGAAAGAGCUGCGGGAGCUUGUUCCAAAUGGUUCAAAGUGUAGCAUUGAUGGCCUCCUUGAUAAAACAAUAAAGCACAUGCUGUUCCUAAGAAGUGUUUCUGAUCAGGCUGAUAAACUAAAGCAUUCGGUCCAUCAAGCGGUAACGGGUUGUAAGAAUGUGAAAUCAUCUGACACCAAGUGUAAUAGUCAGAGUGGGACAAGCUGGGCUUUUGAACUGGGAAGCGAUGUCCAAGUUUGCCCGAUAGUUGUGGAAGAUCUUGAAAACCCAGGACAAAUGCUAAUAGAGAUGCUAUGUGAUGAUCAUGGGCUCUUUCUAGAAAUUGCUGAGGUAAUCCGUCGUUUUGACUUGACCAUCUUGAAGGGUGCGAUGGAGAGCCGUGGGAGCAACACAUGGGGCCACUUCGUUGUUGAGGCUUCAAUGGGCUUCCACAGAUUGGACAUCUUCUGGCCGCUGAUGCAACUACUGCAACGAACCCAGUCUCCGAUUUCUAUCAAGAGUUGAUGCAUUUUACACCCCUGGAAACUGAACUCACUCACCGGUGAGUUGGUCACAACAAGUGUGUUUCGUGUGGACUGCACCGUGUGUAUGUUUGGUUGUCAAAAUGUCUGUAAUCUAUCAUUCUAUGACUGUAACAAUAGUACUACUCUUUGAUUUAGGAGUCGACUGUUCACCCGAUACUGAUGAUAUCAGUUGCUCAGUGCAUCGUGUUUGUAUUAAUUAGGAAGGCUAAACUGGCCUGCUUUAUGUUAAUAUAGAGAUUGUACUUUUCAAUAA